AUGGCUGAUUCGAUUUUGCCAGCUUCGCACAAGUUUGAGAAAGAGAAUGAUGAGCGUGAGGUGCCAAAGGAGGCAGAUCUAGAGGCCAUUCGUAAUCCCUACUUCACCAAUGCAACCCAAUAUUCAGAGUCUUCGAGGAAGCUCCCAGCCUGGCUCGAUCAUUUCAAUGGCAAAGAUCUCAAAACGCUCUUCAAAUGCUCUCUCGCCGUUUGGAUUCAAACUCUCCUUAUUCUCAUUAAUCCAACUCUUAGAGUACUGGGUCCUGUAGCUUUCGUUGGAUGUAUCGUCUUGUUCUUGGCUCCGCCAUCCAACAUCCUCUUCAUUCAACUAAUAGCUGCCGUGUCAAUCAUGCUCGGCCUUGGUCUCAGCUGGGCUUGGGGUGUCAUUACCAUGAAAGUCGCCUUGACAACUCGAUCAAAUGCCGACUUAGAACAGAAAUCGAUUCUUCUGCAAAAUAUGACGAGGGAUGCCAUCCGCACGGGACAAGCUACAAGUGCAAGCGAAUACAUCCAGAUGCAGAUAUUCAAUGGAUUCUUCCUCGACACGAGAGUCACGAUCACGUAUUUCUGCAUGAUGGGGUUGUUUGUGUACUUGGCUCGGCUUCGUGUUGCUGCUCCAAAGCUUGUCGCCGUACAGUUACUCGCAGUCAUUGUUUCCAACGCCUUCCUCACCUCUGCGCCCCUCCUUCCAACCUUCGACGGGUUACUUGCUAAGUCAUUCGCGAUUUCAUGUGCUAUUGCAUCUGGAAUUGGUCUUCUGUGUAACAUCCUCGUCUUUCCAACUUCUGCGUCUUCGGAAGUUGUGGAUGGCAUGAAAAAGCUACUUUUACCGAUGCCUGGCUUUCUCGAUGCAUCUCUUGUUAGUUUCAAGAAUCCUCGCGCCAUCAUGAACGCCGAGAAACUGAUGACAACCAGGCUACAAAUCAUAAUGGGCUACAAAGCACUGGAGAUGCCUUCGACGUUUCUGCCGAUGGAUGCAACAAUUGGAAAGUGGAGCUCUGCAGACCUGAUGACGUUGAGGGAGCCUCUUCGCAGAAUUGUAAUUUCUUUCCUAGGCUUACUUGAGGUACAUCGAGUGAAGGAAGAACACAGACAAAAGAAUGAAGAAGUAACAAAAGCUGCCGGAACUACCGAAAUUCAGCUUGUCGACAAUAAAACAGAAGUCAAACUUGGCCAUCACCAGAUUAGCCGAGCUGCGGAGUUUCGAAUCAAGUCGAUCCAUCCGACUAGUGACGAUCUAAUGGAAAAGACUGCACAUGCUUUGGCCAGCUCCAGCGAAAACCUCAUCUUAGCCUGCAAAGAGGCCUUGGCUAGCAUUGUUGAAGGUCUAGCACAGUCACAGUCUCGCCAAAAGUCAGAAGAUAGUGUAGAGAUGCUCCAGAAACAUCAAGCCACCAUGAAAGAACUCAGCAAGCAUCGCUCUACGUUUGUGGGGCUGACUGCUCAGCACUUUCUGGAAUCACAUGAUCAUCUUUUCGAUGACAAUGGUCUCUUGAAGAUUGAAGCAGAUGGCCCUCCACCUCUGUCGGGCUUGAUGUGGGGUCUUCUUUUUGAGGAACGCCUGUUUCAGCUCUCAGAUGCACUGGAAGCCAUGCUCUCCGGGGUUGUAAAUCUAGAGUCGACGAGGACACGAACUGGACUGUGGCUUCCAGCCCGCAUCAUGGGCCUCGUGAAUUGGAUCUUUAGGACCGAUACCCGAGAGGACCUCCUUGCCAACCCGAUUACAAAGCUCAACACCCAGGCUUAUCUAACAUCGGCGACAUCCCAAGGGGAGAUGGACGAAAAUGUGGAACCCAAAUCAGCCCAAGCUCAAUUAGCUUCUAUGAGAAAACCGAACGGUCGUAAGAGAAGCAAUAUCGGUCGGAUUUUGCUCAACGUUACACAUUGGUUCAGCAGCACAGAAGGAGUCUAUGCACUAAGGGUGUUGAUUGUGACCGUUGUACUUACAGUUCCAGCUGUCAUCAAGUCAAGCGCAGGCUUCUACUAUCGCGAGAAAGGUCUCUGGGCUGUCAUAAUGGCUCAACUCUCCAUGGUGCCUUACACCGCAGACCUAGUGUAUGGAGUUCUUGUACGGACAAUGGGCACAAUCAUUGGUGGAAUUGUUGGCAUAGUCGCAUGGUAUAUUGGUGCUGGUCAUGGGCCUGGAAAUCCAUAUGGCAUGGCAGCAGUUAUGGUUGUCGUAAUUGUCAUCUUCAUGUGGUGGCGUCUCUUCAGAUCUCCCGCUUUGAUGAAUGCCGGAAUCAUGAUGGCUGCCACGGCUUAUCUUGUUGUUGCUUACAGUUGGAUCAACACCCAUAUGCCAAGCUACGGCAACUCUGGUGUCGGUUAUGACAUAUUCUGGCGUCGUAUUAUCCUCGUCCUCGUGGGAUUUGCUGCCGCUCUCGUUGUCAACUUUCUUCCAAGACCUCCAUCGGCUAACCGUCGUUACCGACGAGUACUGGCGGCCAGCCUGGGGAGUAUAAGGGACCGAUAUGCUCUCUUUGUAUCGAGUUGGAAGUAUCCGGCGCUUGACUUACGCCAAGUUGCCGAAACUGAAGCGUUGUCUUCUGGAGAAGUCUUGCUAUCGAUCUUAGGACCCAUCAAGCUCACAAGGCUAGAGUUCUCGACUUCUAACUUUGAUUCAAGCACCCUUAAUCGAGUUUGCCAGCUUUGCAUGGUACUCAAUCAAAGCGUCACCCAGCUCUUACUGUGCACUGUUCGGCUUCCGGAAGACCAGAAAUUAAAGAUAACUCCUUCUAUAGGAGCAAUAGAUGAAGAAUUGAUCGCGGAGGUGAUGGCAGUGAUGUUCGUGUUGGAACAAGCUUUGAAGUCUGGAGAUCCCUUGCCUGCUGUAUUGCCAACUCCGUUGCUUUCUCGAUCUUUGAAACUUGCAAGGAAAUCCGUUGCGCAAGGUGUGAGCGGUGCUGAGGGACUCUUUGUCAAGAAUCGUCUCGGUGAAGGACUCAGAAAAUAUGUUGCUCUCUUGAAUGCGAUUGUACAGCUUUUCGGUGGAAUCGAUGAAUUGGUAUUAGUGCUAAAAAGGGCCGUAGGAGAGAGUAGUGAUACAGUUUUCGUUGAGAUGGUAUAGCGAUACUUGGAGAUGUCUUGGAACAAUCUUUGGCCAGCUGUUGGACUUCAC